AUCUAUUUCAGAUAUUUUUCCUCAUCCGAACCAUCCGAUCGACAAUGACUUAUUUAGAAGUUUUGUCUUCCUAUAGAAAUCUUUUACGAGCAGUAAAUGUUGCCUUUAAAGAUGAUCUGCAACUUUUAAAGACCUCUAAGAAACAAAUUCGUAAUACAUAUUACCAUGAUAAAGAUAAAAAUUUAAGUGAAGAAGAAAUUCAAAAGAAAAUAAAACAUGCAAAUGAUGUUGCAUCCAUCCUUAGGAAAAAUAUUGUUCAAGGACGUUUGAAUUCCUCCGGUCAUUACUCUUUAAGAAUUCAUCAUGAUACAGAACGCACCAGCUCUAAAAUAAUAGAAAAACGAAAAUAAGUAUUAUAUCCAAUAGUUGUCGAAUAUAUGGUUUCUUUUAGCAUGA